GAAGAGAGAAAAGCUAAUGGAAGGAUAAUAGCAGUUUGCGUUGCAUUAUUUCUUAUAUUCCUCGGUCUAUACCAUGCGUGGCUUCGAAGAACUGCCGUUGUAGCCGGAGUUAUAGUGCCGGUGUUAAUCAUGCUCCUUUACACUGCGUGGGUACUUUAUUCCGCAAAGCGACACAAAAGGAAGAUGAUGAUGCUUCGGAAUGCUGCCUCUAUGAAUUCCGUCAACGGCAUAGACAAAGAUUCUGUUUCCAUUCCAUUGGAUGAAACAAUCAGAGGAAGAGAAACUAUUCAAAGCUCAACGUCUUGUAUUAAUCCACUAAAAACCAGUGUCGUGAAGUAUUCCAACCUCAACGAAAUACCUGCUAGCACUUCCCGCAACCAUUCGAAGGACAUCAACAUUCGAAAACACGAGCAUGACAAAAACCGUACUGGUGGACAUCAUUCUUCUAAGCCGUUGGCUAAGGUCCUUCCAAGACAACAAUCAUCGAUUACUCCAACGAGCUUGAAAGAGAUUCCUCAACAACGGAGAUUUUCAUUAGAUCCACAUGCAGCUCAUUUGAUUCUUAAAAACGAUCUCGAUAAAGAACGACAUGGUAGCUUAGGACGAGUUGACCAACCAAAACAUUUCAAGAGACCUAAAACUAGCAAGGAAAAGGUUGCUUUUGCAGUUUAAUAACGGUUGUAGCAACUUAUCUCAGAAUACGAAUUAUGUGCAAUAAAAAUUCUUUCUGGCUUGGGGGCCAUUAUAAUUUAAAUAUCCCUUAUCAAGAAGAAGCAUAUUGAAAAAAAAAUGUAGCGGUUUGGAAAUUUGCAAAU